AUGGAGGCGGCGCUUGACUCGGUGGUGGGCAUCAUCAAGUAUCUCGAGCUCAAAGUGGCCCCCCAGAAGACCCAGCCCGUGUUGUUUCAUGUCCGGGAUCGAUGCAGGCCACAGCGAGCCCGGAUCCUGGUGGAUGGUGUCUGCGUCCACGUCAAGCCCUCGAUGAAGUAUCUGGGCUUGACGUUGGACAGCCAAUGGGGAUUCAGGUCUCACUUCAAGCAACUGGCCCCCCGGGUCCACAAGAUAGGCACAGCGCUGGCUGGCCUAAUGUGGAAGCAGGGGGGUCCAGGUUGGCGGGCUCGCCGCCUGUACACUGGUGUCGUGCUCUCGGUCGCCCUGUACGGGGCGCCCAUAUGGGCGCCCCGACUCCUAGCGACGGGCUACAAUAAGGGCCUAAUGCGCCAGGCGACGCAGUCGGUGCUGCUGAGGGCGAUCCGGGGGUACGGCACCGUCUCGUACAUGGCGGUGGACACCUUGGUCGGCUUCCCCCGGUGGAGCUCCUUGCUGAGGAGAGAUAUCUCCUAUACUGGCGCAUAA